UGCCUGAGGCAGGGCAUUGGAACUUAGUGAGCUUCAAGAACCCUUCUAACCAAAGCUGUUUUGUCAUUCCUGAGGCCUAUCUGCUGACUGAAUCAUUUUUCUCCAGGGUGUCCUGACUCACUGGCAUUUUCUGUCAGACACCUUUCUGAUUCAGCGUGCAUCUCAGCAGCCAUUUCCCUUAAAUGUCUCCUUUAAACAUUUGCCCCAGCUUGAAGUCAGACUAAGCAGUAGUCUGACAUUUUCCUCAAGGUAAUAUCAGAGGCCUUUAUCAGAAAGCAGAAAGGGGAGAUAAAAGACAAUGUUGGAGAAAAAAAUAUAAACUAUCCCUUUUCAGCCUCAGAAAUGGAGCCUGACUCCCUGAAGCAAACACUGCUCUGAAUUUCCACAGGUUGUGGUAGAAAGGCAUCUGCGUGUGCUCUUCCCAACAACCUCUCAAACCAGCAACACCAUUUUACUUCUUUUUUUCCUACUUUUGUUGUUCUUCUCCCCAGCUCUGGCCACAUUCUUCUCUGUUUCUUCUUGAAUAUAUCAAACUUCUGAUUAUUUCUAUUCCUGUGUUUAAGGCUGAAAUCCUCCAGUCUCACUUUUGAGGCAGUUCCUCUUUUGUGAUUUGUUCUAUUGCCAACUGGGGCUGACUUCCCAGGACGGGACAUAGUAUGCAAUAUUUGAUGUAGCAAACACAUCUUAACCGCAAAUGAUAAGUGAGGGCAGAAUGCAUUUUAUACAUGGAUGUGCCACAGCUUAAACUGGGCUAAGAUCUGGCAUAGCUGCAAACCUAAGAGCAAUGGUAGAAUUACUAACAGACUAAGAAAGUCAUGAAGAUAAGGGGAGAGAGUUAAAAAAGGAAGGAUGGAAAAAGAAAAACAAACUAAGAGAUCUGAAAAAGGAAACCUAUCAGCUGAGAAUCUGACAUGGGGAAGUAAGAAUGUGACUUCCUUUUCAGUUGUUAGUUUCUCAUUUUUCUUUUCUCUCUCAGAAGUUUCCAUACUGUCAGAUCUGAUGUCCUGGGCUAAGAAACAAAGCGUUUUUGAAUUCCCAGGAAUUCUUAGGUUAUCACCAGUACUUCCAGUGUUCAGCACAGCCUUCUUUGACAGACAGAAGGUGGAGGAGCAGAUGGGAAAGGCUCAGUAACUUAUUGGUGUCUCCCUCUGGAACCAGGCACCUAAAACACCCACGAUUUAUGUGGCAAAACUAAGGACAGGGCCAGUGAUUGCGCUGUGAUUAAAUGGCAUCAGAAAUCACUUAUGCUGAGGUGAAGUUCCACAAUACAUCACCAGCUGCAGUGAUCAAAGUACCUCCUGAAACAAAGAAGCAACAGCACCAUCCCCAGAAAUGCCCCCUAUGGCUCCCCUGGCUGAUCUCACUGCUGCUCCUCCUGCUGUGCAUUGCCCUUGUUGCUGUUCUUGUCGCUCCCUUCUCCCAUAGCAGUGAUAAGACCCCAGCCUUUAAGCAGAAAUUCAAGGAGUGGUCGUGUGAUUCAGCAGCACCAGGAGGCAAAGAGAAGAGCUGGGCAUGCUGCCCGAAGGGCUGGAAACGCUUUGAAGGAAGCUGCUACUACCUCUCAGGUGAUAUGAUGUCCUGGGCUGAUAGCGAGCAGAACUGCACUGGGAUGGGCUCUCACCUGGUGGUGAUCAACAGCGAAGCAGAGCAGGAUUUCCUCUCUAAGGAGGUUAAAAAGCCUUCAAGAAGAGAGAAUCACUACAUUGGUCUGAGUGCACAGAUGGGCCAGUGGCACUGGGUGGACCAGACUCCAUUUAAUGUGACAGCAGCGUUCUGGCGUGAAGGCGAACCAAGUAAUCCAGAUUAUGAGAAGUGCGUUGUAAUCCAUCGGACUUCAAGAGCACUCAACAACUGGAAUGAUGUCCAAUGUAACGAUCAUAAUAGAAUUUGUGAAGCUGCAGCAAUAAUUGUGUGAUGGAGAUACCCUGAUCCUGAGUAAAACUGGGAGAUGAGCAAUGAGCUGGUAACAGGGCUGUGUUGGGAGGGGUGGGGAACUCUGGAGCCUUCAUCUUCACUGUGUUGGGUGGGAUGAUGUGAGUGGAAGUGAUAUUACCCUGUGUCCAGCAUCCCCAAUGCAUAUAAUAGCUCAGGGAAUACAUGAAGGCUCAGGGUCGUCAGAGCAGGUCCUGGGCUCUUAUGUCCUCUUCUCUCUGGGUGGGUCCAGCAACCACUGGCUGAAAAGAGAUUGAGUUCUCCAGGAAGAAGACACAGGAGUGUAAGACAGAUGUUCAGAGCUGCAAUUUCCUUUGUCUCCUUGGGCAGAGGCACCUGCUUUUUGUUGAGUCACACAGAGAAUGACCUCCAGUUGCACUGGUUUUGCUGAACAAUUACUGAAUUCUUAUGCAAGAGAAAAUACAGUAUCAGACCAAUGAAAAA